AUGAGUCGAAAAUAGGUCGAAAAUAUACAGUAGCUUCAACAUAGAAACUGUGAGGCUGUUGUCACAUGGUAAAAGUGAGCAUUUCCAGUUAGUUACUUCCGGAAACAUGGAGGCUGUUGUCAGUGAAUUGGUAGCUCCCGAAGACCUUUUGAAAUUUGAGAAGAAGUACAAUUCUGAAUUGGUAAAGGGGGGCGUAUCGAAGGAGACCAAGUUUGAAUAUGCAUGGUGUCUGACCCGGAGCAAAUAUUCAGGCGACAUCAAGAAAGGAAUCGUAUUGCUGGAAGAGCUGGUUAACAAGGGAUCAAAGGACGAUGCCAGAGACUUCCUGUUCUACCUAGCUGUGGCCAACUACAAACUUAAGGAUUAUGAGAAAGCUCUGAAGUACAUCCGCACUCUCCUGAAAAAUGAACCUGGGAACAAGCAAGCCUUGGAGCUGGAAAAGCUCAUAGACAAGGCUCUAAAAAAAGAUGGCUUGGUCGGCAUGGCGAUCGUCGGGGGAAUCGGCCUGGGCGUGGCCGGACUAGCAGGCCUCAUCGGAUUGGCUGUGUCUAAGGGCCAUGGUCCGAGGUCUUAAUAUGAAGUGUGGAGGGCCUUCACUUUACUAACACACGUCAAAGAAAGACUGACGACAUGCAUUCUCUUAACUUCUCCCCCAUAACAAAUUCAACUAAGGUUGGAAAUGGAUGGUGUUUCCAAAGAUCAGAAGAUCACCCAAUGAUCUUCCAAAAACAUCCUACUCACAUUCUCCAUGGAAUAAUGUUUGGGGAUUGGUUUCUGAAAAUAGCCUUAAUUUCACUUAAAUUGUCUUUGUAUUUUAACAGGUGUUUUGAUUCCAGUGAAUUUGACAUGUGUAUGUACAGAAGUAUAUUGUGCCACAUUUUGUCUUCCAUAUUAUGCAGUGUAAAUAAGGGUGAUGAAAUAUGUAGCUGAAUGGAAUGGCAUGUCUUGACUUACUGCCCUCAGUAUGUUAGUUAGCAUGCCUCCUGAGCAUAUAAUUAUGGUGGAUUUUGUAAUCGACUUCUUUAUAAGUGCAAUGAUACUUCAAUUAUUAUUGUUCUCUGUAUCAUUCAUUUAGAAAGAAAGCAUUGUAGUUUAGGGAAGUGUCUUAGUUUUAGAGGUAAGUGUACUUGUGUUGUGAUGUAGUGUCCACGCCGGUAGCAGUGUCUCUAUUGUUGGUCAGAAUUAGGCAGCUGUGAUGUGGGUCACUCAUAUAAUGCCCACAGGGGGCAUCCUGUCUUAGGGAUGCAAGUUGAUGUUUACUGGGAUGAGUCUUGUCCUGGUGGCAGAACUGAGCAAUUUCCGCUAGAUCGGCCAGCUGCAAAGUCAAAAUUGUCUACAUUGUGAAAAUUAACGAUAACAAAGAAUAGGUUUUUGGUGUUAAGGUUAGCAGUGUGGUUAUAUUUAAAAUCUGAUUUUAUUACUUGGCUGUGCCAGCUGGUGGCCACUCUGCAGAGCUGCCUCCAGAAUAAGAUUAAUGACAAAAAAAUCACUAACCUGCCUUAGGGAUAGGGUCAAGAUGAAUACCCAACUAGUUUGUCUUUCAUUUGCAGUGUACAUGUAAUAAUAACAGUAUUUAUCCACAAUCUAGCACCAUUUACUCAAGUGAUCGUAAUAACAGGAUACUAACAUGAUUAUGAUUGUUUUGUAUCUGGUGUAAUAUAAUACAUCAACAUUCCAAGACUUAUCAACUUUUGAUUGUCAAGGAAUUAAUUUAAAGUUGGUAUGGUUUCUUAAUGUACACAUUUGGAAUGCACUGUUGGAGAUAGGAUACAUCAUUGUCAUCAUAAUCCUUGCAGAUGUUCAGUAUUAACCAACCACACGUUUGGGUCACUGCAUGCUUUGUUGUGUUUUGAAUUGUUAUAAAUGAUCAACAGGUUGGAAGGAAAUGAAUAAAGGGCAGAGCUAGUAUACACGCACAA